AUGGGUGUCGAAGAACAGGAGACUCUCAGCACUGCACGAACGAAUACUAACGACAACGCCACGUAUCUGUACAAAGAGAAUACUAAUGGGGAAGUUAUCGAGCGCUACCUCGUUCCGUGUCCGUCUGCUGAUCCGGCAGAUCCACUGGUCUGGCACCAAUGGCGAAAGCACGUCGCCAUGGUGUCGACGUGUUUUUUCGUCUUCAUGUCGCAAUUCGCCAACGGCAGUAUCACGCCAAUCAUCGUGCCUAUUCUCAUCGACUUUCAGAUAAGUGUCGCGCAGGCGACACGUCUUAUUACUUUAAAUAUUCUAGCUACCGGCGUCGGCAACCUGUUCUGGAUUCCCCUUGCUCAGAAAUUUGGCAGGAGACCGACUUUCAUCGCCUGUUCGAUGCUUUUCUUUGGCAGUGCAGUGUGGUGUGCUGUAGCCACUAGCUAUUCAUCCUUGCUCGGAGCCCGCACGAUCAGCGGUUUAGCUGCUGCUGCGUGUGAGGUUCUCGGUGUUGCCAUUGCAUCUGACAUGUAUUUCCUGCACGAACGAGGCACCAUGGUCGGUCUCUACGCGUUCAUGCAAGGUGCUGGACCAGCAUUAGGCUCCGUUUUUGGCGGUCUGGUCGCACACGCCACACCCCAAUGGCGAUGGGUGUUUUGGAUGACAGCAAUUCCGAGCGGCAUUUGCAUGCUCACGGUCUUUUUCUUGAUUCCCGAGACCAAUUUCCGACGACCCAUUGCGGACAACAAAGCUGGCAUGACACCCACUGAGUUCGAGCAGUUGCGCAGGUCGAUCAAUCUGGGUCCCCAAGCGGCACUGAGUUUGACGCGGUGGUAUGAUCGCGAGACGUCUCUGUGGAAGUUUUUCAUCCGCCCAAUCCUACUCUUGCCUCUCCCAGUCGUGUUGUUUGCAUCGGUGAACUACGGCCUGACACUUGGCUGGGUUGUGAUUCAAGCCACCGCCAACUCAACAGCGUUUUCCGAGAUCUACAACUUCUCCACUAUUGGCGUGGGCAACAUCAACAUCGCAGCUCUCAUUGGCGGCAUCAUAGGCUGUCUCUACGGUGGCCCCGGCUCGGACUAUAUCGUCCGUUGGCUGUCUGUCCGUCACCGUGGUCAAUUCGAAGCAGAGUAUCGCCUGUGGUCGCUUAUUGGACCUUUUAUCUGCGGCCCAAUCGGCCUCUUACUCUGGGGAUGCGGCUUGGGCUAUCAACUCGACCCUUAUGUCGCGAUCACUGGCACAGGCGUGUCCUAUGGUGUCGUCUGCGCUGUCGCGACGAUCUGUAUCACGUACAUGGUCGAUACGUACAAGCCGCUGAGCGCGGAUGUCAUCACAAUUCUGCAAGUUUUCCGGGGUGUGUUUGCGUUCGCAGUCAGCUUUGCAGUGACCCCAUGGACGGUCAACUCAGGAUUUGUCAAGAUGUCAGGAUACAUGACGCUCAUCGAGGGCGUCACAUUUGCCACGGCGGUGCCGCUGUAUUGGUAUGGGGCCAGAAUCAGCCAGUGGACGGUCAAGAAAUACGGUUUGUACAAUCAGGAUUGA